AUGGAGAUAAGUGCACUCUACGAGAAAGCAAACACGACCCUCGAUCUAGCCAAGCGGCUCAUCGCCGAUCAGACAACGCCGCGUGACGUGGCGGAUGUCUUGGACUUGUGUGUUGAUAACUACGAGUCGCUUCUUGAUGAUCUUAAAGAUGCUUCUGUUGCGGUCGAUGAUGGAGAUUUUGGACGGCUCGAGAGUGUGGUCAGUGCUGCGAUCGCCGAUGUUGUGACUUGCUCAGACGCGUUUACUGAGUCGCCUGAGCUUGAGUCGCCGAUGGUUAAUGUUGAUGCUUUUCUUAAGAAGCUUUGUAGUAAUGUCUUGGCUAUUUCUCAGAUGGUCUACAUGUAA